GCCCGCGCCCCCGCGCCCGCCAUCUUGAAUUCCGUUCACUCAGACCCGCGCGCGACUCGCGGCUAGCACGUACACCUCCGCGUCCGACCGCUCCGCGACAUAUUUGUGUUUCCAAGUGAUUCAGUGUCAUGUUGUGAUAGUGCAGUGACGAAAUGGAGUCGACGCCGAUAUGUCGGUGCCGUGUGCUCUACCUCGGCUCCGCGGUGCCGCAGCAGAGCAAGGAUGGACUGCAAGGCAUCCAGGAACCGCUGCGCGAGUUGUAUCCGGAAAAGGGAGCGACGAGCGGCGGCAUCGACUCGUGGCUGUCCGUGUGGUCGAAUGGAAUCCUACUCGAGAACAUUGACGAGAGCGGCUCGAGAGUGGCGCGCUUCUUCCCGAUAUCGAGCCUGCACUACUGCGCCGCAGUGCGCAGGGUCACCGUAGAGGGUGCGCCUCGGUUCCUGCCCCUGGACUCCCCGUUCGCCCGGGCCCCAGCUCCGCGUCGCCCGCCCCUGUUCGCUGCCGUGCUGCGUCGCACACAGGGUAUUAAGGUGCUGGAGUGCCACGCGUUCAUCUGUCGACGCGAGGCAGCCGCCAACGCACUGGUGCGCUGUUGCUUCCAUGCAUACGCUGAUAGCUCAUACGCUAAGCGACUGGAGGCUGAGCGCGCUCCCUCACACCUACCAGCUGACCAGGAUGAGGAACUGGAAGUGUAUGACGGAGAUGAGAAUCACAAGGUGUGGGUCGGAGAGACAGAGCGCGACGACGCCAGUGACGAUAUCCCUCACCCUGCGCGCGCGCCUCGUCCGCGGCAGAUAACACGACCAGCGUCGGUCCCGCCACCACCACCGCCUCCUGAAGAGCCCAAAAAGAAGACUGCUACUGCGAAAAAGACGAAAAAGAAAUCUUCAGCGUCAGCAGACGAACUGUAUGCGGGCCCCGCGCCCAUGAUGAACGGUCGGUCCCUGGGGCGUGCGCCGCCCGCCUGGGCCGCCGCGCACCCCAUGGUGCUGGUGGCACACCCAGCCGCCACACUGCCACAUGCGCGGCCCGCCACGUUGGGACACCGGGGGCGAGUACCGGCAGCACUGGCCGCCGGGCCAUUCCCUCCAGGUCCCCCGGGUCCGCCAGGUCCCGGUAGGGGGCGACUACAGUACGCCACAGUAGAUCCGAGGCGUUCGAAGCCUCCUCCACCAACUGCCAUGAAGGCCGCGCAGAGUAUGACAGGGCUGGAGGCAGUGGAGGACGCUGGCGGCAUUUACAGGAAAAAGGGGCACCUGAACGAGCGCGCCUUCUCAUACAGCAUCCGACAGGAGCACCGCAGCAGGUCGCACGGCUCUCUCGCCAACCUGAAGUUUGCAGCUCCACCCGAGGUGGAGUCAGGUCGCGAAGAACUGAAGAAGGAGCGGGAGAUCAUGCAGCUGGUGGCUGGCCUGCAGCUCGGCGAGGACGAGCGCCGGGAGAUGCCGCAUGUCAUGCGUCAGAGACACGCGCCCAGAUAACACAACGCCACUGCUGAAAGGGCGCCAUCUAGCGGCUGAUAACGGGAAGCGCACCAUCGGAGCCAAUGAGCCAACAAACUUUACCUCGACCACGAAACAAAACGAACACAACCAAAUAAUUUGUGCACAAUAAUGACUAGGGAACUACAUUUUGUGAAAAUAACGAACUAUUUAACUAUAAUUGAACGUUUUAAAAACGGUUUGGUGAUGUUUUAUAUGGAAAGAGAUACGACUAAGAAUGUCUAUGGUUUUGUAAACUAUUCAAUGCUGGGUUGAAGUACGAUAUUGGUGAUUGAAUAACAUUCCAAACUACGAAUAACAAUAUCUUAAAACAAAACAGCAAAGGAAUGAAACGUGUCAUUUAUAAAAAAAAAUGUAGUAACCCUAUAAAAUAUAACAAUCACAUUACAAAACGAGAACGCGGCAUAUCGAUACAACAAAUCGUAGUUUCACUUAAUCGAUUUGUCACGAACGUUCUCGAGUUGUUGCCGAUUAUCGAUUAAUUACUUUAGAACUCCGUACCUUUAUUAAAACAGGGUACCUAAGAAACUGUAAUUUAAUUUUUUCUAGUAAUUAAAUAUCGAUUUUUGAUUCAUGGAUGUUGAGAAAUAAUUUGUGAGGAAUUAAUGGAUUUGAUGUUGUUUACGGCGUUUAAAGGUCCAAUAAAUAUUGUAAUAAGUAUAAAAUUAAAGGUUAUGUUGUUAAUAUCAUUUGUAUAUUUCAUUUAAUUAAUUGUUUAGCUGUUUAGACCACGUUUCGUUAUAUAUUUAUUGUCUGAAUCUAUUUUAUGUAAGUAAGCAUUUUUUCUACCAAUUUUUCUAUUUACAAACUUUAAUAUUAAAUACUUUAAACAUGAGAUACUUCAAUCUUCAUCGUCAACAACCUAUAAGUGGUAAUUGCUUUCCAAAGGCCUCUUCUCACACGGAGAAUUUUUGAGCAUUAAUCACCAC